ACCCCUGUUUUUCUAGCUGGGAGAGAACUGGGAAGACAAAUGAAAGAAAUAUAUUCAGAAACUACAGAUUUGUGCCCUGAACUUUAAAACACAACUUAGAGCUUUGAAACACAUCACAAAGCUUUUGAACUUCAAGUCUUCAACCAUGACUUCUCUUCGCAGGGAAAUUGGUAACCCUACCAAAAGAUUCUCCUCUUCCACUCCCCAUUUCUUAAUGAUGAUUCCAAAGGGUAUACUUCUGGAGACAUGAAACUUAGUAUUCCAAAGAAAUUUUUGAGGAAAUAUGGAGAUGAUCUAUCAAAUCCAGUACUUCUUAAGCUUCCCAAUGGUUCAAAAUGGAACAUAGAACUCAGUAGAUGGGAGGGUGAGGCUUGGUUUGACAAGGGUUGGGCAGAGUUCUCUGAGUUUUACUCUCUAGAGCACUGUCACUCCUUAGUUUUUCGAUAUGAAGGGAAUUCCAAAUUUCACAUUUGCAUAUUUGAUAAAAGUUUCGUAGAGAUUGAAUAUCCAUUAACGAUGCCAGAGAUGAAAGAAGCUGACGCGGAUGAUGACUCUAGGGAUGAAUCUGAUGAUGCUUCUCUUGAAAUCUUAGACAAAUUUCCACCAUGCCCAAGAAAAUCGAAGGAGAAAUCUUCGUUGCCAUGUCCUCGGCCUCACAAGAAAAAAAGAACAACUUCAAGUGGCAACGUUGAUUUUCCAGCCAAAAGACAUGAUCGAGGCACGUCUAGCACCCCAAGAUUCCAAAAACGAACACAAGUCGUUCGUGGGAGGAUGCAUCCAUUGACUGCAAGUGGAAAAGCUUUAUCUCUUCAGAGAGCAAAAGCAUACAAAUCUGACAAGCCUUCUUUCAUAGUUCCCAUGCAUCGCUCUUAUAUCGGUCGACAUCCAAUGACAACUUCUGCUAACUUGGAUGUAUAGAUCAUUUCAGUGUGAAAAAGAAUGAAGCAAAGAUACGUACUUUCACAAAGCAAAAUCGUAAAUAUUUUCUCUUCAAAA